UGUCAAAGUGACUUGUAAGUCUUUACAGUAAGGACUGUUAUAUUGUUUGGUAAAUAGUGUAUUUAAUAAGCGACCGUAUUCUGGUAUCAUGAAGAAAUCGUUGGAGAAAAAUCGUUGUGGAUAUUGUGAGAAGGUAUUCUGCUGCAUUGAAUGUCGAAGGAAACACGAAAAGAAAAAUCAUCCCGUUCACGGACCCAAUUGUCUCUUUUGCCGACGGAAGGAUGUACAAACGCGUUAUUUCGAGGAUCCAGAAUUCCUGUGUCACGUGGUAAUCAAUCAUCUUCCACUGUACUGUAAAUUCUGUGGCGAUGAGUUCCGGAGCAUCGAGGAUCUACAGUCCUUGGGAAGAUGUCGACUGUGGAGUGUGAAAAAAACUUUACUAGUGACACCAUCACCCCUAGGUACAAAGACGUCAGGUCCUCUUAAAACUUAUACGCGAAAAGAGGGUUCUUUGGACGGAGAGUAUACUGGUAAUUUUGGUAGCUUCACUUCGCCACCUGAACUUUCCAGGAAUACAAGUACGCCAAUGCAUGGCGAAGUUGUCCGGCAGAAUACGAAUUGUGAGUAUAAGAUAGCAAAGACGCCCAAUUUCUCAUUCAAAACGCCAAAAACGCCUUCCUUGACGGAAAGAAAAGCUGAGGACUCGCAAAACGUUGAUGGCAGCUCUAAAGAUAGUUGGGAUACACAUUUUGUGAGUUUCUCGCAGCUUUGGAAGGCCAACUCUAAGGGAGAAGAUACUCCUUUAAGAUCCGCAUUACCAUUUUCUCAAAGAGUAAGGGGGCAGGAUUCUCGAAAGGAAGGUAUCAUCAAUUCUGGAUGGAAGUUGGGGGCAAUGCAGGAGGAGGUUCAGGAUAUGGAAUUAACUGAUGUACAAGGUAGUGAUAUAUUAUUGGCACGCGAUAUUAACGGAGGUGAACUUCCUACUCCGCCGGAUGUCACAUCGGGAUCGAACAAGUCUAAAAAAGAAAGAAGAGAGUCUAUUAAGAGAGUUCGAUUCUCAGAUCAGUUUAUUACCACUGGAAGUUUCGACAUUACUGAGAACGAGUUUUACGACGCUCGUGAGACAAUGGCAGACAGUAUGUCGACGGGUCAAUCAUCAUUAAACAAAGCACAGAUGAAUCGCGAAAACGAGAGAAAUGCUGAAAAGGAGAACAUUGAUAGUAAUGAAAUUCCUCCAAAACAUUCACCGGAAACCAACAGCAGGCUCGCGAGUUCGUCACGGGUUGUGAUGAUGGUCCUCGUGGAAAACACUGGCGAACUAUCUCCUUCUAGCUUGGCCCCCUUGAUAGAUUCUAGCAUAAGAAAACUCGAAGAACGAUCUUCAGAAAGUAUUUACUCUUCAGUGAUAUCUAAUCUUUCUGCAAGUCAAACGUCCGCUUCCAAAAGUCUUAGAAGAUCUACAUCGUUGGACAGUUAUAGACAAUCUAGUGUGAAACAUUUCUCAAAUUCUCCAGAGGUUUCUACCAAGUCCCAGGUUUCAGAGAUCUCUGCUGCGGGUGGAAUAUUUUCAGCAGUAGCCCAAGCUAUGAAAUACGCUUUUAGUAAUCUUACUGGUGUGGGAACUUUCAGAAACAUUUGCAGAGAACCAAUAUCCCAGAGCGCAAAGUCACUAUCCAGAUCUUGGACGUCAGAAUCCAUUCUCGUCACUCCACCCUCUACAUCUUCUGUCGUAUCUCGAAAACGUCCAAGGGAUAUCGUCGAUAUAAUGCCUACGCGUCAACGUGAUACACCCGAGACAGAGAGUGAAUCUUGGAGUCCACUUGCUAAAAGACAGCGUGGUUGGUACAAAAUCAAAGCCAGAGAACCUAUUGCCAGAAUGAGAACACUGGAAGCGAAUCAGGCUGCUGUCACUAGAGGCGUUUCUUCAGAGACUCAGAGAUUUACACAAGGUUCCUUGUCGGUUGGUGAUACGGUACUGCCUAUCCCAGCAAGAGCUCAUCAGUCUACACAGACUGACUAAUCAAAGAAUUUUAAAAAUAACCCACAUAUUUCAUGGUUUUCUAUACAUUUUUUAAUACUUUUAGUUAUGAUUUUUAUCUAAUACUAUUAGUGUUUUAAAUUAUUUAGAGCUUGGAAAGCAUUUUGACUAAGUAUAUUUUAUAACAAUAUGUGAAAGCAUUUAUUUAAAAAAAUACAAAUAUUAUAUGCUA